AUGGUGGCAACCCGGAAGUCGACUCGACGCGGUGCUCAAAGCGAAUCGACAAAGGAUCAGGCAACAGCGACCAGCAGCGCUGCACUAACACGCCAGAGUAAGAGGAAAGCAAUCCCAGAAACAGCGACCAGCAAAGUUGCACCAAUACGGCAGAGCAAGAGAAAGGCAGUACUAGAAGCGGAAGAGAAGAGGGAGAGCGAGAACGCCGCAAACGGCAAGAGCAGGAAACGAGUCAAAAAGGAACUUCCGUCUUACCUCCAGAAAUCAUAUCAAGCGGAGAAUGGACCGAAUCAAAAUGUUCGGCUUUUGAACCUCCCAAAGGAAAGCUUCGAUGGGAUCACAUCCUUUUUGGAGCCCGACGCAUUGACGUGCCUAAGUCUCACUUGCAAGGAGAUUUUAAGCUUUGUGGGAACCGAAUCAUGGCUCGAAUGCCGCCCCAGACGACGAGGUUGGGACCACGAUUCGCACAGUACGCUUGGACCCCUAUAUUCACUGCUCACGCUGCUCGUCCGAGAUGCACCUCAUCUGGUUGACUGCACUGUAUGCGCGGUGUUGCAUCCGCCGCUGAAACCUCCACGGGAGCACCGAAAGACCAAGUUCACAAACAGCUGCUUUGGGCCCUUUGCCUAUAUCGACUAUACCCCGAUUGCGAGCGGCAUUUAUGGUGGGUAUAGCCUUGUCUGGGAGCACAUCGUGGAGGCUCGUAAGUCGUUGACACCGCAUCCUGGAGAUAAACCUGGCCCUCUCAUCGAGCUUUUGGGUGGGAACUUCACCAUCCCGCGCGAACGGCUCACCCACACCAUGAAUUCCUCUGGACGACAAAUAGGGAAGCAUUUAGUGCUCAAACAUGAACAUGUUUUCCGUGGCACGAGUCCCAGAUCUCCACUCCGCGUAGCUGAUAUCAUCGAUCUCAAGGUCCGUCUAUGUCCACAUCAGACAACCAGCACGCAGAAAGCAGAGCCAGGGCGUUAUACCAAGAGCAGGCUUCCCUGUGGUCUAUUGUGCCAUUCGAUCGCGACAGCUGCCCCUCUUUCGCUCCGUGCAGGUAUACCAGCGCCUAGCAUGUUCUGCACGCCAGCGCCGAGUGAAAAGAAACAGAUGGACUCCACAGUUCCCGGUGUCAGUACCUUGUGGACAUGUCGAGCUUGUCCGACGAAAUGGCACAUUCAAUACAACGGGCAAGGAGCUGGACAAUUCAAGAUCACGACAUGGCAAAGUUUUGGAGAUACUGCGUAUCGAGCACAGGAAUAUUGGAAGAUGCUUGUGAGGAGAGAAAUGUCGAAUCUGGCGGCCGACAAGCGGAACAGCGAAUUUUUCAUUUCCAACAAGCAGUAUGUGGAUUUCAAAAUUGACGAUCGUUAA